AUGUUACUAAAUGUUCAGGGACCUUUAUUAAAACAAUUGUGUUCAUUUUCUUAAGUAACCGAUCCCUUGAAUAUUUGCAGAGGAAUCCACCCGAACCAAAGCAAAGCCAUAUGCUGAUGCCUGCUUGUCAUAUGAUCAACUCUCCACCCUCACACUCCAAUAAUCACCACGCUGCCAACUGAAGCAGAGGGGCAAACCCUACACACUUCUCCUCUCAUUCAGCUUACUUAACGAGGGAAUACUUGUCAGAUUGUUCUUGUUCUUGACCUGUAAAUGGAGUCAUCUCUUGAGUUGUCAAACUCUAUGAGCAGCGUGUCCUCGCUUCUAAAUCGCUCCCGCACCUUUAAAGUUCUGGUGAUCGGAGACUCCGGGGUGGGGAAGACCUGCCUCACACACCGACUCUGUGCCGGGGAGUUCCCCAGCAGAGUGGAGGCUACCAUCGGGGUGGACUUCCGCGAGAAAGUCCUGGAUGUCGACGGAGAGAAAAUCAAGCUCCAGCUGUGGGACACAGCAGGACAGGAGCGUUUCCGUAAGUCCAUGGUGCAACACUACUAUCGCAACGUCCACGCUGUGCUCUUCAUAUACGACGUGAUCCGCCCUGCCAGCUUCAACGGCCUGACCGCCUGGGUAGAGGAGUGCAGGCAGAACUCCCUCGGACAUGACAUCCCCAGGUUCCUGGUGGGUAAUAAGAGUGACCUCCGUGACCCCCGGAGGACCGAGGGCCAGGUCAACCAGGACCUGGCAAUGAGUUACGCCAAGGCCAACGGCAUGUUGUUUUUUGAGACUUCUGCCAAAAACCCACCAGACAAAUGUGUGAUGGUUCGACAGGGUAAAGGGGAGGUGCCUUAUCAGCAGGACAAGCUGGAGGACAUCGUCGUUGCUCUCGGCGCCAAGUUAAAGAGGCAGAAGAAAGUUUCAGGAGCGAACGCCACGGCGUGCAACAAGUCCUUUAACGUGAGCAGGAAACGAGCAGAGAAGGAGCAGUGGGCAUGCUGCUGAGACAAAGAGGAAGUGUUGGACUUUCAGAUGGCAGAAUGUGACUUUUUACUGUGAUUGUGUGUAUGUGUGUGUGUUCAUGUGUGUUUGUGUGUGUGCAUGUAUGUGUGUGUAUGUGAGAGAAUAAGAAUAUUAUUUACGAUGUUCACUUUUGACCAAAGAUCAGAAAUGCAGUUUUACUAUACUUUCAUAUACAGCCCUACAUUUUUAAAGAAAGGAGAUGUAAUACUGGAAAUGUUGUGUAAAUGUUUGAUUUCAUUGUUUACAUAUCUGACAAAUAAAAGACUGUGAAAGUGUA